UACACAAAAAGCCGGCAUCAAUGUACAAUUUCAAAGUACAAUCAAUGAGCACAGAGAGUUUAAUCGUACCACACAUGCGACCCAAGUUACAACAUCGUCCCUCCAGUUGGCUUAGUGCCAUCACGACCGCGAAUCAUCUUGUUCCUGAUUUACCUCAACAACGCCAAGUGAAUUCUGUUAAAAACCUUUCUCGUCGCUCUUCAUUCGAUAGUCUGGCUACAAAUGCUUCUCAAUUUGAGCCCAUCACGCUUCAGGACCGUAUCAAGAUCACUUUUGAAAUUGCCAAUAUCCUUCAGAGACAUGAGUUCCUCUUGAAACUUGUCAAGUGCUUGAUGCUCUAUGGUGCACCCGCACAUCGUCUUGAGUAUAUCUUGAGAGAGGUCUCAAAGACGUUAGGCGUUCAAGCCGAAUAUGUUUAUAUACCCAAUGUCAUGUUCUUGACCUUCUUUGAUCCCGCUACACAUACGACAGAGACGCAUUUCGUGAGGAGCUCGCAAUCAUUUGAUAUGCAUAAAUUAGGAGAGAUUUUUAGAUUAGAAAGAUUAGUGUCGCAUGGUGAAGUGACGGUGGAUGAAGCAUUAGAAUUUAUUGAUAAGGUAACAAAUGAACCUCCAUUUUUUCCAAUCUGGUUAAAUCCUUUCAUUUACGCCUUGGCAAGCUUUUGUGCAUGUGUGAUGUUUUAUGGAGGACAAUUCAAAGAAGGUGGUUUAUCAGCAGCUCUAGCAAUUAUCUUUGCCACUUAUGAAUUGUUUACUGGACGCUAUAUUAGUUUUCAACCUAUUUGGGAAAUUACUGUAUGUGUAUUUGUUGGAUUUGUUUCAAGAGCUGUGUGGAGAUAUGGAUUUUGUUUUACACCAGUUGCGUUUGCAUCAUUUGUUAUUAUCUUACCUGGUUAUUCUAUGGCGGUUGCACUAGUUGAGCUUGUCUCCCGUCAGCUUGUUUGCGGAGCAGUUCGUAUUGUCUAUACCAUUAUAUAUUCCUUCUUAUUAGGUUAUGGGAUUGAAAUGGGCUCAGAGAUAUUUGCGACUAUUAAUCCCGAAUCGAUUUCAGCACAGGGGGAGGCACAGGCUUGUGUAGAUGCAAUUAAGGCAACAACGUGUGUUACAAUUAUACCACAGGCCUAUUAUUUCCUGACUGUCCCACUAUUUGCUGUUGCCUAUUGUAUCUAUUUAAGAGCAAGAUUGCCGAGAUGGCCAAUCAUGAUCAUUGUAGCUUCAAGCGGAUUUGUGGCGAAUUGGGCUUUAGCAUGUCAUGCUAAUGCUCCAAGUCAAGUCUUACAGGUUGUGCCAGCAUUUGUGGUAGGACUAUUAGGAAAUUUGUUGACCAAGAUUACGGGCAAGAUGUCUUUAGAUGCUGUUAUUGUUGGUGUCUUUUAUUUAGUUCCUGGUAGCUUAGGCUUGAAAGCAGCAUUAGGUUUUUUUGAUAAUUCUGGAGCAAGUGAAUAUGCAAAUCAAGGUGCAGGUUUCGCUUUGAGUAUGAUUGAAACUUCUAUUGGUAUAUCAGUUGGCUUAUUUAUAUCUACAUUGAUUGUAUAUCCUAAGGGUACUCAACAUACACCAUUAAUGAGUUUCUAGAUUAUAAUAAUUUUACCCUAUAAAUAUAUGAUUCCCCCCCCCUUUUAAUAUAUUAAUUUGAUAAUUUAUUUCUGUAUACACUGUUUUGUUUUGUUUUUCUCUUUAUUGACCAUAACUGGUUUUAUGGGCUCCUUCUUUUUAUUAUGCAUUAGGAUAUAAGAAAGCUUAUAUACUGUGGUAAUUCUUCAGUAAACGUAGUAAAUUAAAAAAAAAAAA